AUGAAAUUUUGGGCCCAAGGGCCGUUUAAGUGGCCUUUAUAUGCCACAGCUUCUGGAAGACUAACAGAGAAUCAGCUUUUGGAAUUUGUCAACGAUUCAAUCAGUUUAAUCGAACCUGUCUGUUGCAGGUUUAUCUUUUUCUGCAUGGAUUCAUUAAAUAAUCAAAAGGCAGUGAAUAGCCACCACUCAAAGGUGGUCUCAGAAGCACAUAAUAAAUCAAUUUCAAGUAGUAAUCAAGCCAUAAUAACAAAUUUAAAGGGAAAUCAUACAGAUUUGAAAGAGUCAAAUUUUGAAUACGAAGAUAACGAGUGGGAUAUUGGAAUUGGAGAUUUAAUUAUCGAUUUGGAUGCUGAUAUAGAAAAAUCAUCAUCGUCAAACAUUGACACAUCUUUAGUCAUUCCAUUACAAAAUCCAACAAAUAUAACUGCGGAGAAAAGUUUUUCGUCAGAAAAUAAUAAAACUUCGUCUGAGGAAAACUCAGAUCAUUGUGAAUCUAAUAUCGCUAAACAACAUAAGACUAAAAAUUACAUUAAAGGUAAAAACGAGACAGUAACGAUGUCCUCAACGACAAAUUCAGGAAAUAAAGGAACUUCAAAAUUAUCUGUGGAUCAUCAGGCCACAUUGGACAAAGGUCUAAAAAUGAAAAUUAAACGGACUAAAACCGGCACAAAGACUUCUGACUCAAAACAUGAAAUUGUGAAGUCUGAACAAAAUGGAAACCUCAACAGUGAUGAAGCAAUUCCUGUACUAGCAUCUAAGAAAGUAGUAAAUCCACCAGCAGGAGUUUUAGCAUCUCCGUCAUUAUCUGCCAACAAAAGGGGAAGUAAUAGUCACAGAAAGGACAAAGGCAAAGAUAAAGUCGUGGGAAAAGAGAAAAUCGAUGGUGGAUCGAUGAUGCAAACAGAGAAUAAUUGUUGCAACUGUGGCUCUGAUAAAAUGGGCGCUUUAUCAUGCAACAAUCCAAAUUGUUCAAAAUUCAGAGAUUUAGCUUUACCUCCAAGGAUUGCCUCAACAACUCCUGGACAAAUUCCUUUAAGUCUGGAUAAACAAACACCAGCUGGUGUUAAUGUUGGAAAUGUUCCUGGAGCUCCAAAAGACUCUCUCAAGAUGUUAUCUCAAAUAAGUGGAUUAAAGCAUAAGGAUCAACACAAGUUAAUUGAUUACUCAUCAAAGUCAUCACAAUCGAAUUCAUCUUCAACUUCAAUGUCGUACUCAUCGAGUACAAACAGCGAUGAUGGUAAAAUGUCAAGUUCGCCACCAUUGAAACGAAUGAAGAAUGAAGGAACGACAACAGCAACAUCAACACCAGCAACAGGAACGGGAACAACAGGGAAAGGAAGUAUGGUGGAUGUUUGUGUUGGAACAUCGAUAGGAACAAUCACAGAGCCAGAUUGUUUGGGUCCUUGUGAGCCAGGAACGUCAGUGACAUUAGAGGGAAUUGUGUGGCAUGAAACAGAAGGAGGCGUGUUAGCAGUUAACGUGACAUGGCGUGGAAAAACUUAUGUCGGAACUUUAAUUGAUUGCACAAAGCAUGAUUGGGCACCGCCAAGAUUUUGCGAUUCACCAACAGAAGAAUUAGAUUCAAGAUUACAAAAAGGCGGACGUGGUAAAAGAGGACGAAACAGCGCAACGUCAACAAAUGAUUUGAUAAAUUUCACAGAGACAAGAAGUUCGGUGCACAGUAAACUAAGAAAUGGCGGCUCGAAAGGAAGAGCUUCGCGGAAUUCAUCAAUGACAAACAUAAACAUAUCUUCACAAACGGUAACAAACACUCCUUCAACAUCUCCGACAACAUUCUCAGUGCCACGACCUGAGAAACGUCGAAAAUCGAAGGAUGAGAGUCCAUCGUCGUUCAAUGGAACAAAUGUUCAAGGAAAUACUUUAAGCGGGAAUAAUUCAAGCAACAACGUUCCAACAACACUUAGUAGUUUGCCAUCAUGUGCAAAGAAAGCUAAAAAUGUGACAUCACCAUGCGCAAUAUCGCCAGUGCUUUUGGAAUGUCCUGAACAAGACUGCAGCAAGAAAUAUAAGCAUGCAAAUGGAUUGAAAUAUCAUCAAAGUCACGCUCAUGGAAUGAUAUCAAAUGCUGAUGAUGAUUCGUCAUUAACAGCACCGGAUUCACCAUCACAAAGAUCGCAAUCGCCACCGCCUCCCAAUGAAACAAACUUCUCGCAAAAGAUUAACUUUGAAACUUCAAAGUCAUCGAGUCUAAAUGAAACGAAAAUCAAUGAGAAUUCUAUGAGUGCGAGCGGAACUGGUGAAUUGUCGAAUGUUGAUCGGCCGUCGUCGGCUUGUAUUGACACAAAUCAAUCAACAGUUCAUAAUGAAUCAUCGUCGUUGCCAAAUACGUUCAACGACACAAUACCAAAACCAGCUGUUGCAACAAAUACGACGGUGUCAUCUUCAUCAACACCAAUUAAGCAAGAUACACAAAAUAAAAAUAAAACAAACAUUUUAAGAUUUCCAAGUGCACCAGAUAUUGAACAAAUUUCAAAUGACUCGAUGAGCGAUGCACAAUCACAAAGUUCAAGCUUUUAUUCAUUGCAAAAUUCUAAUAAAGCUCCAAGCAGUAACAGUGGAAAGAGUAAGAAAGGAAGAAAAUCUCCUGGCCCUGACAAUGAAAGCGAUAUUUGUAUAAUUAAUAAAUCUGAUGGUGUAAGAAGUCCAGCUUAUAGUGAUAUAUCAGAUGAUUCAAAUACAGCGGCUGAAAGCAAUUUAAAUGAUAAACUUAAAAUUAAUAUGGAAAAUAAUAAAAAGUCACAAGAGAGUGUUGGCGGUGGAAGUGCGCCAUUAUCGAUAGGUGGAUACAAUAACUUGUAUGGACCGUCAUUCUAUCAACCGUCAUCAUUCUUUCCACCACCCGAUAAUCAAAGUACAAAAGCUCAACAACAAGCAUCAUCUGGAGGCAUUGAUUACAAGUCAAAAGAUCAUAGUCCUUUAGAUCUUAUGAAUAAACUUCAACCUUCGUCAAAGCUUCAAAAUGAUGUAGCGACAGCAGCAAGCAGCUCGUCAAAUUCUCUCAGCACAAACAAUCCUGUGGGAAAAAUUAUGCAACAUUAUCAACAUUAUCCGUAUAAUUUUAUUCAGCCAAAUUAUCCAUACAGCCUUGACAACAGCUUUGGACCGCUGCCUUCAACAUCAUCAUCAGAUGACGGCAGUAAAACUCAAGGAGUUCAUAUCAAAGAAGAACAUGGAAAGGACAUGUCAAGUUCUGAUACUUUAAAACAAAUUACGACACCAAUACCUUCGUCGAAGCUUAUUAAAAGUGAAAAUUCUAAAGAAAUGAUUAAAAGUGAAUCAGGGCAAUCGAUGCAGUCAAGUUUAUCUCAAUCACCUCAACAUUUAAGUCCUUAUUCAAGCUUAUAUCAACGACAUCCUAUGGGACUGCCACCAUUAUCACGAGAAGAAGAAAUCCAAAAAUAUUUCAUAUAUCCAGAUCAAAGACGAUCGUCUGUUGGACCACCGCCACCUCCAACAAGCCAAUAUUAUUUACCAUAUAUGGGUCCUGGAGGGAAUCCUUUCUUUCCCGAUCCAUCUCAUCCAAUGUAUCGUAAUAUGUUGGUACCAACACCUCCUUACAACUCACCUUACCAUUUACAAAUGGCUCGAUUCUCUUCACCCGAAGAUCUCUCACGUAAUCCAAACACCAAAGCGUUAGACUUACUCCAACAACAUGCAACUCAAUAUUACAAUUCUCAUAAAAUUCAUGAAUUGAGUGAACGAGUCAGUCAAAUGAAAAGUCCUACAAGUAAUCCCAAGAUACCUGUUACAAGUGUACCAAGUCCUAAUAUAACGCAACCUCUUCCUGGAUCAAGUAUAAGUGUGACAAGUGCUACAAAUAAUACGAGUACUUCAUUAUCAUCAAAUUCAUCGAUUAUGAAUAGUAAUAAUAAUAAUAACAACAGCAGUCUUGGACAAGGAAACUUACCACAACCGCCAAGCUCUUUAAAUCCUUCACAACAACCGCCAUCAUCUAAAUCGAUGGAUAAAAAUGAUCGAACUGAUCCCAAAGAUCCACUUUCAAGUAGUAAUGGAGGCCUCAAUCGGACGACAAGUCCACCACCUCAAAGGCACGUCCACACACAUCAUCACACUCAUGUCGGAAUAGGUUAUAUGUCCGGACCUAUGUAUCCGGCUCCGUACGUAAACCCCGCUGUUUUAGCCAGUCAAACUGUGAUUCCAUUCCCGACGAAUCAGCAAGCAAACAAAUAAUUUAAGAUGUAGCAGCAUAAAGGAAAUAAAGUUAGAAAGAAUGUUUAACAACUUAUCAAUCGAUGAAAGGAGAGAAAGAAGAAAUAAUCUGCAGGUUCAUUUCCUUAACUAAACUUCUUUGCUGUUUAUUUUAUUAUUUAACUAAAUAUGUCUAAAUAUUUAAAAACAGAAAGACUUAUACAUCAUAAAAGUAGACUUUAAGUAACUCUCAUUCUUCUUGACAAUUAAAACAAAACAACAUAAAUAUAUAAAUAAAUAUAAAUACUUAGUGCUUGUACAUAAGAAUGCGUUGUUACAAACAGUUUGCACAAUUUUUUCUUCUUUUUAAUGCUUACAAAUUAAAUGUGCAUUUGAAUUAGAAUAUUUGAUAUGAUUUUUAAGUUGAGUCGCGUCUACCUUUUCGUUUAAUGUAAGUCAACGAUCGGAUCUGUGUGUGAUUGCUAACAACAUUAAAUAUUUAUAUGUUGGUUGAUGACAAUUUAGACAAAGCAAUGAAUAUUGUUCUUAAGUAUCUCUUUCUAUCAAUGUAAUCGACAAGAAAUUGUUGUUUGCGAAACAAAAGAAAUUAAAAGAAUCAUCACGAUGAAGAUCCGAUUCGAAUGUAAGUUUUCUAAUGAAUGAAAAGCUUUUAAAAUUUAAAUUGUUAUCUACAAUGUAUUUCAGGAUUCAUUCAUAAUUGUAGAGACUUAAUUUUCUUAUCAAAGCAUAGAAAACAAAAAAAAAAGAAAAGCUUACAAUGUACAUAAAAAUAUAUCUAAAUAUUAAAAGAAACAUUUCUAACACAAUUCAAAUAUUUAAAAUAAUUGAAAGAAGAGAAAAAAAAAAUGAAAAAUUGAGAUUUUUAAAUUCCAGUUUAAAAUUUUUAAUCAUUCAAAGCAAGGGAUGUUAAGCAACAUAUGUUGCUAAUAAAGUAUGAGCUAAAAGUUGUAAAAUAUAAAAUAAAUUAAAUUUCUCUCCAUUUAACUGUUCAAAUUCUUACGUAUGAUAUCGCUUAGAUUUAAGACGGUUAAAAGCCGAGAAGUAGAAUUUAGAAGCUUAGUUUUAUUCCACAAUCUUUGUAUUCUAAUGAUAUGAAUUUUAAAGAAGAGAAGAAAAAAAAUCAUGUUUAAGCAGUGUAACCUAAUAUGAAUGUGAAAUUAUCAAAAAUAUAGUGAUUCAAGCAAUUAAUUUA